GAAGAGACUGAAGGAGAUGAGUACGAGCUGUAUCAUGUGGUUUGACAUCACCAUCUUCAUCAUCGUCAUCAUCAUCCUGCUGGCCAUCAUUCAGGGGCGCAUAUGCAAAUGAGAGCCCAGAACAGAUAGGAGGCCUGUGCCCCACCCUUGAGGUAUGCCCCAGCCCCACCCGCUGGGAACAAAAGAGACUAUAAAAGAUAAGGUGUCCAUACCUUCUCCCCCAAUCUGCCAGCGAGUCUCCGGUCUCUGGUCUGAUUGUGUGUCCUACUGACCUACUGUGUGAUCUACUGUGUGACCUACUGUGUGACCAUCACCAUGAGGAUCAACAACCCUAUCAUCCCAUACGAUGGACCCAUCCAGGGCGGUUUGAAGCCCGGGAUGACUGUGUACUUCAAGGGAACUGUUCACCAUAAUAUCGCCAGGUUCCACAUUAACCUGCAGGCUCAUUGUGACCGAACCAUGCACUUCAACCCCCGUUUCAAGCCCGAACAGGUGGUAGUGUUCAACACCUUUAGACACCGCAGAUGGGAACGCGAGGAAAGGGUUCAGAAGAUGCCCUUUACCCCAGGGAAGAGCUUUGAGGUGCUCUUCGCAGUCACAUGUGAGGGUUACCAGGUGGUUGUGAACGGUGCUCCCUUCUACUUGUUCAAGCACCGUAUACCGGUGGAGCGUGUAACUGGCCUACAGAUUGCCGGGGAUGUCUCCAUGGAGACCGUCAUCAUUGGGGUGAGCAGGAGCAUCCUACACUUAAGCUUGGGCAGCGAGCUGCUGGGUGGCUCGUUUGAUUUAGGCGCCAUGCUGCAGUGCGUGGGCAAGCCUCACCACCUUGAAUCAAAUCCAGACCCAGCCAGAACCGACUGUGGCCGGUAG